AGCCAAAAUUCAAGUUCAACGUUGGACAACCAGAAAUAAGGUAGCAUAUAUACAGUACCGAUCAAGGAUUCGGGCUUAUAAAUUUGUCUUAUUCCAUCAGAGUUCAAAAACAGAAAAAGAAAAAAGAAACCUAAGAGAUAUGGUUUCCCAAUUCCAUCUAUUGCCUCAAACAUUUGCCAUUAUAUUCUCUCUUCUUCUAUGCAUAUUUGUGAGCGUUGAGACAGCCAGACCAACGCCAAGCAUUGCCACGGACAAGGAGGCUUUGAUCUCAUUCAAGUCAGGGGUCAGUCUCCCUCCAUCUUUUUGGGACCAAAAUUCAUCUCCAUGCACCAACUGGACUGGAGUUGUUUGCAACAAACUUGGCAACAGAGUUGUUGCUCUUCAUCUUUCCGGCUUGGGACUUACAGGCUCCAUUAGCCCCCAUAUUGGUAACCUCUCCUUCCUCCGUUCCCUUCAACUUCAAAAUAACAAAUUAACAGGAAACAUUCCCUCUCAAAUUCUCCACCUUUUCCGCUUGACAUCUCUAAACUUGAGCUCCAACACCAUACAAGGUCCCCUGCCAUCAAACCUGACCCAAUUGACUGCCCUCCAAACACUUGACCUAGCCUCAAAUAACAUCACAGGAACACUUCCUGAAAAUCUCAACAGCUUGAAAAAUCUUCAAGUCUUGAAUUUGGCACGAAACAGACUCCAUGGUCCAAUCCCACCAUCCAUAAGCAACCUCUCUUCCACCCUCACACAUUUGAACUUAGGCACAAAUAGUCUCAGUGGUACGAUACCCAGUGAAUUGGGUUUCCUUUACAAACUCAAGGAACUUGAUCUUGCAGGUAACCAACUCACUGGGACUGUUGCCCUGUCCAUAUACAACAUCUCUUCUCUACUUCUCUUCACUGUAGCUUCAAACCAACUGUGGGGUGAGAUUCCAAGCAAUAUUGGUCACACACUUCCAAAUCUUCUAUACUUCAGAAAUUGUUUUAAUCUAUUCACCGGAAAUAUUCCAGUGUCUUUGCACAAUAUCUCCGGCAUUCGAUCAAUUCGAAUGUCCAACAACUUUCUUGAAGGAACGGUUCCACCAGGCCUAGGGAAUUUGCCAUUCAUUGAAAUGUACAACAUUGGUUUCAAUCGGAUUGUUAGCUACGGUGGUGAUGGUCUCAGUUUCAUCACUUCCUUAACAAACAGCACCCGUCUCCAAUUCCUUGCCAUUGAUGGUAAUCAUUUAGAGGGUGUAAUUCCAGAGUCCAUUGGAAACCUGUCCAAGGUUAUCGAAAAAUUGUACAUGGGAGGGAACCGCAUUUUCGGUCACAUACCCUCCUCAAUUGGUCAACUCAGUAGCUUGACUUUGCUGAAUGUAAGCUAUAAUUUGAUCUCUGGCGAAAUCCCACCUGAAAUAGGCCAGCUGGAAGAAUUGCAAGUGCUUAGUUUAGCUGCAAACAAAAUGUCUGGUCAUAUUACAAACUCCUUAGGUAAUCUCAGAAAGCUGAACAACAUUGAUUUAUCCAGAAAUUCCUUUGUUGGCCAUAUACCCCCUUCCUUUGCAAACUUUCAGAAGUUGCUUUCCAUGGACUUAUCCAACAAUUUGCUCAAUGGAAGCAUUUCUACAGAAAUAUUUCAAAACCUCCCUAGUUUGAGCACCAUUCUGAAUUUGUCUAACAACUUUCUGAGUGGUCCUUUGCCUGAAGAAAUUGGGCUCCUAGGAAGUGUGGUCACUAUAGACCUCUCAGACAACCGCUUGUCUGGAUUGAUCCCCAACACAAUUGGAAAGUGUACAAGCUUGGAAGGAUUGUUGAUGGCGAGAAAUAAACUCUCUGGUCCUCUUCCUAAUGUUCUUGGAGAUAUGAGAGGUCUUGAGAUUCUAGACCUCUCCUCAAACCAGCUUUCUGGGUCCAUUCCUGACAAACUUGAAGACCUACAGGUCCUGAGCUACUUGAACCUCUCCUUUAAUCACUUGGAAGGAGUAAUUCCUAAAGGUGGAAUCUUUGUUAAAAAUAGCUCUAGUGUCCAUCUUGAAGGCAACCCAAAGCUUUGCCUGCAUUCGUCAUGUGUGAAUCCUGGCGGUCAUAGGAGAAAAGUACUGAUCCCAGUUCUUAUUUCGACUGUUUUGGCAACAUUGGCAGUAUGUGUCAUAGUUGGUUGUUUGCUCUAUGUCAGCAAAAGCAAAGCAAGAGUUACAGAAACUAAUUCUGAUUUGUUAAUAAAAGGGCAGCAUCAAAUGGUUACAUAUGAAGAGCUACGUGGCGCAACUGGGAAUUUUAGCACGGAAAAUUUGAUUGGAAGCGGGAGCUUUGGGUCUGUAUACAGAGGGUGCCUAAGAGAUGGAAUUGAAGUAGCAGUGAAGGUGCUUGAUAUGAAAAGGACAGGAUCGUGGAAGAGUUUUUUGGCAGAGUGUGAGGCCUUGAGGAGCGUGAGGCAUCGCAAUCUUGUCAAACUGAUCACAUCAUGCUCCAUCUUGGACUUCAAGAACAUGGAUUUUUUGGCUUUGGUGUAUGAGUAUCUGAGUAAUGGGAGCUUGGAAGAUUGGAUUCAGGGUAAGAGAAAGAAUGCUAAUGGAGAUGGAUUGAACAUUGUGGAGAGACUGAAUGUGGCCAUUGAUGUUGCUUGUGGAUUGGAUUAUCUGCAUCAUGAUUGUGAAGUUCCAGUGGCGCACUGUGAUUUAAAGCCCAGCAACAUUCUUUUGGACAGAGAUAUGAUUGCAAAGAUUGGAGAUUUUGGGCUGGCCAAGUUGCUGAUAGAAAGAACAAGCAAUAACGUUCUCAGCUCCACAGAUGUGCUAAAGGGUUCCAUAGGAUAUAUGCCACCAGAGUAUGGUUUUGGACAAAAGCCAUCGACGGCCGGAGAUGCAUACAGUUUCGGAGUAGUGUUGUUGGAGCUGUUUACUGGGAAAAGCCCAACCCAUGAAAGUUUCACAGGAGACGAAAACAUUAUCAGAUGGGUGCACUCAGCCUUCCCUCAAAACAUUGCCCAAGUACUAGACUCUGAGCUGCUACACCUCAUGCAGCAUCCGCCCAAUGAAUUAGAACGUAAUUGCCUGACUUCAAUUAUAGAGGUUGGGCUAUCUUGCACCUCUGCUUCGCCUGAGGGACGCAUUAGCUUGAGGGAUGCCCUCCACAAACUUGAAGCUGCUCGGCAGACCCUUUUCAAGCAUACUCAUGUUGAGACUGAGAGUGCCAAGCAUGAAUUUUAACUACAAACUGGAAAUUGCUUGCAUGUUUAUUUAUGUACUAAUUAAUAGUAUGUUAUAAUAUAUAAUUGAGUGUCGCAUUUCCCUUAUUCGCUCA